AUGACUGUUACAAUUGUUCUUGGUAGCCAGUGGGGCGAUGAAGGAAAGGGGAAGAUCACGGACAUGCUGUCGCAGCAAGCGACGCUCUGCUGUCGUGCUGCUGGCGGUCACAACGCUGGGCACACCAUCGUCCACGGCAACACGACCUACGACUUCCACAUCCUGCCUUCCGGUCUUGUCUCAGAGCGUUGCAUUAACCUUAUAGGUGCCGGAACCGUUGUCCACGUUCCUAGUUUCUUCAAGGAACUGCUGGCGCUCGAGGGCAAGGGUUUGAAGGGUGCUGCGGCCCGCGCUUUCAUCUCGGACCGCGCCCACGUCUGUUUCGAUUUGCAUUCCGUUGUCGAUGGGUUGGAGGAGAAGGGUCUUGGUGGCCGGAAGGUGGGAACCACUGGUAAGGGAAUCGGACCUUGCUACGCCGACAAGGCCGCAAGGAGAGGUGUGCGUGUCGGGGAGAUCUUGGAUGAGGAAGUCUUUGAGCGAAAGCUAAGGACUCUUCACUCUGGAUAUACGGCACGAUUCGGGGAGCUGAACUACGAUGUUGAGGACGAGAUCAAUCGGUUCAAGGAGUACCGUAAGCAACUCGUCCCCCACAUCGUCGACCAAUUGGCCUUCUUCAACAAGCACAAGGAUUCGCCCAACACCCUGGUUGAGGGCGCGAAUGCCCUCUUGCUCGACCUCGACCACGGAACUUACCCCUUCGUGACCUCCUCAUCUACCGGUCUGGGUGGCGCCGUGCAAGCGCUGUCUCUCAACCCUACAAGCAUCAAGUCCAUCAUUGGUGUUGUGAAAGCCUACACCACACGCGUCGGUUCCGGUCCUUUCCCUAGCGAGCAGCUUAACGCAGAUGGCGAGAAGCUCCAGAGUGUUGGCAGGGAAUUCGGUGUCACGACUGGUCGUAAGCGCCGUUGCGGCUGGUUCGAUCUUGUCCUCCUCCGCUAUUCCCAAGCAAUCAACCAUUACACCGCUCUGAACCUCACGAAACUCGACGUCCUCGAUGACUUCGACGAGAUCAAGGUCGGUGUUGCCUAUACUCUUCCCGACGGCACUCGCUCAGAGAACACCAUCCCGGCCGAUCCCGCGGUCCUCGACAAAGUUCAGGUCGAGUACAUCUCGCUGCCCGGCUGGAAGAGCAACACCAUGGGUGUCAAGAAAUACGAAGAGCUGCCUGUCAAUGCUCGCAAGUACAUCGAGUACAUCGAGCGUGAACUAGGUGGCGUUCCUGUGAAAUGGAUCGGCACUGGUCCUGCUCGUGACGACAUGAUUUGCCGUGAGUAG